AUGACCAUAUACUCUACUCCGCCACCCGCUCGAAGUUUCUACGACGAUAAACCUACACUUCUUGUUUGUUGGUGGUGUACCUUAUUUUCCGCCGUUAUUAUAUUGUUUCGAGUUUGUGGAAGAUAUAUCAGGACGGAAAAGUUGUUUAAAGAGGAUUGGUUGGCUUUGGCUUGUCUUAUUCCUUUGUUCUGUCGUAUGGCUUUGGUUCAUGUGGUUUUGUUGUUUGGAACAAAUAAUGCCAUCAUUGAGGAUUUUUCAGAGAGAGCUUUGUAUCGAAGAGCUAUUGGAAGUAAGCUAGUAUUGGUAUCUAGGAUUUUUUACGCUGCGACACUUUGGAUGCUCAAACUUACAAUUAGUGAAUUCUUUAAAAGACUCACAAUUAAUAUUUGGACAAGGUCACACGAACGAACCUUGAUAUUCAUUCGAUGGUUUCUUCUCGUCACUUUCAUCGCUGUGAUAAUAGCAGAUAUUUCCGAAUGUCAACCUAUUAAUCAUUAUUGGCAAGUCACGCCUGAUCCAGGUGCAAAAUGUCGUCAAGGAUAUGCGCAACUCCUUACAAUGGGAACAGUCAAUGUAUUGACUGAUCUCCUACUCGUUCUAUUUCCCGUUCCUAUCAUCAUUAGUUCGACUAUGAGGAUAAAGAGAAAGAUUCAAUUGGUGUUAUUGUUUGCUGGUUCAUUAAUACCAGCUGGAAUAACACUAUAUAGAAUUCCGGAAAUUAUUGAUCGACAUGGCCUUCAACAAUAUCGAUCCUUGUUAGCUUCAGUCGAAAUUCUCUUUGCAACCGCUGUCGCCAAUGCACUUAUUUUAGGUUCUUUCGUCAGAGAUCGAGGUGUCAAGAAACAAAAGUGGAAAUUUGGUUCCAUAACCGAUACACUUGAUCGUACCACAUCUCGACGUGGAACCGCAGCUCGUCAGUGGGGAAGUGAUGAGGAUCUCGUUAGAGGUUUAGGACUAGGUGUAAAUCCGGAAUUAAGAGGUGUAUUCGAAUCACCUCCUCGUCCAGCUCCAAUGGCUGUGGCUGGAAAUAUGCCAGUGAGAAGUCAGCGAUUUGAUUCCGUCGGAGAAAGUGAUUGGCGCUUUCCAAGUGAUACGAGUGACGAGAUUGAUUUUGUUAAGUCAUCUCCUCCUCGUCAUGUAUCGGAAGAUUUAUCUUCAAUGAUGUCACCACGUCGCGUCUCAUUCUUCGAUGUAGGAGGAUUACUUGAUCAAGAAUCCCCGAGAAGAGUUAGUUCCACGAGAACAAUGGAUACUGAAUAUACCGGUGAAUCGAGUACCCAAGGCGGCGGCCCCGUCUCGACUACCUGGUCAUUUGAAAAUGGAUUAAGUCCAGCUCCUCCAAGACGUGGUUCAAUAGCUCUUCUUCAAGAUAUCGGUGGAUUAUUAGGACCGAGAACAAGAGUUCAGAGAAAUUCAAACACAACCUAUGAACUCGAAACCAUUUUACGGGAUAGAGUUCCUCCCACUAGUCAUCCUUCGCUUCCUCAUUCUCAUUCUAUGCCACCUUCUAUUGAUCAUUUAGCGAGACAACAGGAUAAUUUGAAUUUACAGGAUGUAGGGGGACUUUUGGGAAGAUAA